GACAAGUUUCAUACAUAUCAAAUUCUGUGCAUCAAAUCUCUCUCAUUUUGUACAAUGUGUCAAUAAAAUUUACCUACUAUGUUGAAUUCCUCUGGUUUUCUACUUGAAAUCGUCGUCUUCCUCGCAGGAUGUUGCAUAGUUUUGUUUGCAAUAGGUGUAGAAACGGUAAAAAAUUUCUUUCUGCGACAAGAAGCACGUCCUGUUCCUCAAGACCGAGGUGAUAAUCACAAACAUGCUCCAUCAAGAAAGUCCAGUCGUCAGAAGCGCCCUACUCAUUCCGGUCUAAGCCAGUUAAAUGGUUACUCUUUAGAUUCCCAAGAUCAAACAACGCCGGAUCAAUGGCCUGGUCAAUAUCGAGCCGCAACAGGUUUUCUACAAUCCCCUAUAAACCUAAGAUCCGCAAAUAUUCUUUAUAUACCACCGGGAAUUCAGUGCCCUCUCAAAUUCAAUAAGCAGUACUUUACGCAUCCAAGAAGUAUGACCCUUCUGAAUGAUGGGUAUAGCAUCAUAUUGGGAACGUGUUAUCCUAAUGAAUAUCCUAUAUUGAGUGGUGGACCACUUCAAAACUGUUAUAGAUUUAAUUUAGCUCAGUUCAAAUGGGGUCCAACGAAUGACGAAGGCUCUGAACACACCAUCAACCAUAAACGGUUUGCAAUGGAAAUGCAAUUAAUGCACAUCAAGGGCGAAAAGGUGUAUGCCACCUUAGAAGAAGCGGUUACUCAUAGAGCAGUUGUGUUUCUUAGUUUUUUAUUUGAAGUUACAAGACAAGAUAAUCCUUUUUUAGCUCCAUUAGUAAAUCAUCUUCAUGAUGUGUCAACUCCAAACACAACUUAUUCCAUAGACCCAUUUCCAUUGUGUUGGUUAUUUCAACCGUUCAAAUCGAAAUAUUUCCAUUACGAAGGAUCCAUCACUUGUCCGCCAUGUACAGAAGGUGUAGAUUGGUUGAUACAGCCGGAACCAAUGUGCAUAUCAAAUCGACAACUGAACGCAUUCAGAAGUAUAAACGGUUUUACGGGUCCUAUAUUGAACAAUGCCAGACCAGUUCAAAAAUUAAACAACCGAACAGUACAAUAUUUUAUGUGAUGCAACCUAAAAUAAACAAUUACAACAAAAA